AGUCGCUUUGAAUCCAAGAUCCACGAUUUGCGGGAACAAAUGAUGAACAGCAGCAUGAGCUCUGGAUCAGGCUCCCUUCGGACCAGUGAGAAGAGAUCUCUCUAUGUCCGGGCUUUAUUUGAUUAUGACCGGACCCGUGACAGCUGUCUGCCAAGCCAGGGACUCAGCUUCUCUUAUGGCGACAUUCUACAUGUCAUUAAUGCUUCUGAUGAUGAGUGGUGGCAAGCCAGACUGGUAACCCCCCAUGGAGAGAGUGAACAAAUUGGGGUGAUCCCUAGCAAGAAGAGGGUGGAAAAGAAAGAACGAGCGCGAUUAAAAACUGUGAAGUUCCACGCCCGGACAGGGAUGAUUGAGGCUAAUAGGUCGAUCAAAACGAAACGUAAAAAGAGUUUUCGCCUCUCUCGAAAGUUUCCAUUUUACAAGAGCAAAGAGAACGUGACCCAGGAGAACAACGGACAGGAACAGGGCGUGACAUCCAACACCAGUGACAGCGAAAGCAGUUCCAAAGGACAGGAGGACACAAUUUUAUCCUAUGAGCCAGUGACACGGCAAGAAAUUCACUAUGCAAGGCCAGUGAUCAUCCUGGGCCCGAUGAAGGACCGAGUCAAUGACGACCUGAUUUCUGAGUUCCCACAUAAAUUUGGGUCCUGUGUGCCACACACCACUCGGCCUCGAAGAGAAAAUGAGGUGGAUGGCCAAGACUAUCACUUUGUAGUGUCCCGGGAACAGAUGGAAAAGGAUAUCCAGGAGAACAAAUUCAUCGAAGCGGGACAGUUCAACGACAACCUCUAUGGCACCAGCAUCCAGUCAGUACGAGCAGUGGCAGAGAGGGGGAAGCACUGCAUCUUAGACGUGUCUGGCAAUGCCAUCAAGAGACUGCAGCAAGCGCAGCUUUACCCCGUGGCUGUUUUCAUCAAGCCCAAGUCUGUGGAAGCUCUUGUUGAAAUGAACCGAAGACAGACGUAUGAGCAGGCCAACAAGAUCUAUGACAAAGCCAUGAAACUUGAGCAGGAGUUUGGCGAGUACUUCACAGCCAUCGUCCAGGGUGACUCGCUGGAGGAAAUUUAUAACAAAAUCAAACAAAUUAUCGAGGACCAGUCUGGCCACUACAUUUGGGUCCCCUCCCCAGAAAAACUCUGAAGACCAUCAGCUCCCCUCGCCUCCUCUCACCCCCUCCCCCAAAUCCAUUUUCUUGUGAGCAGAACCCAGGCCCCCCCCCCUUCUUCUUCCUCCUUCCUGUCUCUCUCCCAGGAGAACAAAUGACUACUGUUCCUGCCCCCUUUUUAGAUCUGUUGCAAAAUUGAGUUUUCUAGUCCUGUUUCUUUCUGUUGGGAUGAUGUCAUCUCACUCAUCACGUGACUGUGCCCAUUCCUGCAUGGACCUUCCCGGGAGCAGCUCCGGCGCCACUCCGGCAGUCAUUGUUUUUCUUUCCAAACCAAGCAGCAGAGAAGGCGGCUGAUGGAUUGUCGAUGAUAGACUCAGGACAGAAAACUGGAUUUCUCCUCCUCCAUCCGUGUCACUGUCUCCAGGCUCUGACUAGUGCGAUGUAAAUGGC